AUGCCAAACAAUCAUCACAUCCCCAAAGGCGCUGCUGGAAAAUGGAACGACGAUGCGGAUAUCCUGAACGACUCGAUCUCGAUGAACAUGGACGACGAUAGUUUCGAUGGAAAUGAAUCGACCUUAAUCCUUCCCUCGAAUCCAGCUGGUCCUUCAUCAUCUAACAACCCGAGAUCGAUCCCAGCAGGUUCCAGCCAAUCAGUCCCAUCAGGCUCAAAGAACCCAUUCAAUCCUCAUCCGUUCUCGUCUCCGCCUGAGAAAGAAGAGCAAGAGGAGGAGGAGGGGCCUAGUCGUAGAAAACCUAAUAAAAGCUCCAAGGACGAAUGGAUCCGUCGGGAAACUGAACGUAAUCGAGAACUGGAAAAUGAACGGGACUGGCUAAGGGAGAUUAAUCAAUUAUUGGAAAAGUCGGCAGACGAAAUGGAAAAUAUCAAGGAAAAACUCGGGAACUUUCAAUCCGCAACUGAAACUUCUCACGAGCUAUUAGAUCUGUACUCCAAAAUUUUGACCCAAACGGAACAUACAAAGGACUUGUUAUCUAACCCGAAUUGGGAGGGCCUGACUGCUGAUAUAAAAAGGAGGACAGAGAUUCGCCAAGCGGAGAAGAUAAGACGGGCCGAAGAACGGGAGCGGGAACGCGAGGAAGAAUUAAUCCGGGAACGGAAGCAGCAACAGCUCGAGGCCGAAGCGGCAGCCGAAGCAGCCCGGAAACAGAGCCAAUUGCACCGGUCCACCCGCGGCUCGAGCUCUGCUACCCGCGGCCGUGGCGCCGGAACAAGCGCCGGUCGGACCGCCAGAGGAAAAAGUAGGAUCGGCAGGAUGACUCGAUAA